CCAGAUACUACCAGCCUGCAUAAUUCAGGAAAGUCUAAUUUUUUGGAGCGAAUUUUUUUGAGCUGUCGUCGGGAAGACGUUUAUUUUCCUCACAGAUAUAUUUUAGUAUCUAUUUCAAUUAAAUAAGAAAUUUGAUUAUUAGCAUUGUUGUUACACAUAUUUUUAAGUUAAACGUUUAAAUAAUUUCAUCUAUAAAUUUUCAACUAAAAAUUACCGGCAAUGUCGAAAAUUAUGUUAUGGCUUUCCCCAAAUUGCAUAAUAUCGUAUUAAAUUGUACAAUAUUUUAUAAUCUCACACUUAAAAGCACAGCCGCCAAAAGUAAUUUGUGGAAAUUUACAAAUGUCUCUUAUUCGAUAAACCGAUAUUGUUCAAAGUUUAACAUGAAAGUUCUCAAUGUUGCUGAGAAACAUGAUGCUGCUAAGAGUAUCGCUGCUCAUUUAUCACAUGGUACAAGCAGAAAGAGAGAAGGCUUAUCUGUAUAUAAUAAAAUUUUUGAAUUUAAUGUACAAUUAUGGAACCAAAACUGUCAAAUGGUGAUGACAUCUGUAUCUGGCCACUUAUUAGGCUACGAAUUCACAGGAGCGUAUCGUAAAUGGCAAGGCUGUCAUCCACUUAGCUUAUUUGAUGCUCCGGUAUCCAAACAGUGUUCGGAAGAAAAUUACAUAAAGAUUAAAAAAACUUUGGAGCGAGAAAUAAAAUCUUGCAAUGCAUUAAUUAUUUGGACAGAUUGUGAUAGAGAAGGAGAAAAUAUAGGUUUUGAGAUUAUACAGGUCUGUCAGACAGUCAAGCCAAAUAUCCGUGUAUACAGGGCAAAAUUCUCAGAGAUUACAAAACAGUCAAUUGAAAGAGCUCUGUCAACUUUGGGGGAACCAGAUAAGGCGACAAGCGAUGCCGUAGACGUAAGAAGCGAAUUAGAUUUAAGAAUUGGUGCUGCAUUUACAAGAUUUCAGACUUUAAGAUUGCAGAAAGUGUUUCCCAAUACUCUUGGAGAUAUGCUUAUCAGUUAUGGAAGCUGUCAAUUUCCCACACUUGGAUUUGUAGUUGAAAGAUUUUUAGCUAUUGAUCGAUUCAAGUCCGAGCCAUACUGGAAGAUAAAAGUGAUAGAUGAUCGCAAUGAAAUAGCAGUAGAAUUCAGAUGGGCUAGAGUAAGAUUGUUCGAGAAGAUGCCUUGUCAGAUUUUUUUGGACAUGUGUUUGGAGCGGCCGGAAGCUACAGUGGAAAAAGUAAUGUGCAAACCAAAAAGUAAAUGGAGGCCUCUACCCUUAGAUACCAUUGAAUUAGAGAAGCAGGGCUCUCGUAAAUUACGCUUAAAUGCAAAGGAAACAAUGAGAAUAGCAGAGAAAUUGUAUACUCAAGGUUUUAUUAGUUACCCGCGCACUGAAACUAAUAUAUUUCCAAAAGAAUUAAAUCUGGUACCAUUAGUAGAGCAACAAGUAAAUCAUGAGGCAUGGGGUGACUUUGCACGAGGUUUAUUGGAAUCUGGGAUAACUCCCAGACAAGGAAAGAAAUCUGAUCAAGCACAUCCUCCUAUUCAUCCCACAAAAUACACAGACAGUUUGCAAGGAAACGAAGCAAGAGUCUACGAAUUUAUAGUUCGACAUUUUCUAGCUUGUUUAUCAAAAAAUGCAGAAGGCCGUGAAACAACAGUAGAGAUUGAUAUAGCGGGAGAAAAAUUCACGACUAACGGCCUCGAAAUCAUAGCAAAAAAUUAUCUUGAUGUAUAUAUAUAUGAUAAAUGGAACAAUAAGCAGAUUCAUUCUUAUGAGCAAAGACAAGUUUUCAGACCGACUAGCAUAGAUAUGGUGGAAGAAAAAACUUCAGCGCCGAACUUGCUGACUGAAGCCGAAUUGAUCGCGCUGAUGGACAAACACGGCAUUGGCACAGACGCCACUCACGCCGAUCACAUUGACACUAUUAAAUCCAGGCAAUACGUAGGCUUAACAGAUAGUCAACAUUUCAUGCCGGGCAAGUUGGGAAUUGGUUUGGUCAUGGGAUAUGACAAUAUGGGAUUCCAAAUGUCUAAACCGCAUUUGCGUGCAAGUCUAGAAAACGAUUUAAAAUUGAUUUGCGAGCGUCGAAAAGAUCCGAAUGAAGUGUUACAAAAUCAAAUCGACACAUAUCGCGAAGUGUUCAAAGUAGCAAUGGAACGCGCUAAUCUAAUAGAUGAUGCUUUAGCACAGUAUCUUGAUGAGAGACCAACUCAAAGUGAACAAAUACAAUUUCCUUUAGUCACAGACGUCGCUAUUUUUAAAUGUCCAAAAUGUGGAUCGAACAUGGUUUUGAAAGAAAGAAAGCAAGGCAAAGGAAAAUAUAUUAGUUGUAUGGGAUAUCCAACAUGUCUCAAUGUGAUCUGGUUCCCAGAAGCUGUAAAAGAUGUAGAGAUUUUAAAUGAAAUAUGUAAUCAGUGCACAGGAAAUAUUCACAAAUUGAAAUUUACAUUAGUCAGAAAUGUGCUACCUUUAUAUGGUACCUCAUAUACAACGUGCAUAGGCUGUGAUAACGCAUUUAAUGAAAUAUUAAACAUAAAGCAGGAUUGUAUCAGGCAAACUGAAAGAACAAAUAUUGUUCAUAACAAUACAAGAAAUACAUCAAGCUUGACUUCUACAUCUUCAAGUACAUCCCAAUAUACGUCUCAACAACAACAAUCGGUUUCUAAUAAUAUAAGAUCUGUUCAAAAUAACAAUAUUGACUCAAUCGGCACAAAUAGGAGACAGGCACAAAAUAGUUUUAAUGUUUCUCAACCAAAUAGGCCGAAUACCAUUCGUGAAAGUACGACAAUAUCAAAUAAUAGAGAAAAUUCUACUUCUUGGAUUAAUACACAUAAUUUUAAUAGUUUAUCGGAUCAAUCUGCGCCCAGAAAUGCUCGCAAUGUAGAUAAUAAAACUAGUGUAUGGGGUAAUAUUGAUAAUAAUGCAGAGAUUAUGUGCAACUGUCACGAGAUAGCGAUUCAAUUAACAGUAAGAAAAGAAGGACCAAAUAAAGGACGUUUGUUUUACAAAUGUGCUAAACCGCAAGGUAGCGGCUGCGAUUUUUUCUUGUGGGCAUCUGAUAGCACUGAAUCUAGAGAUGAUGUAGCGAGCCAACAUUCGAAUCGAGUAUCUAAUCUAGAUAGAAACAAUGUUAAUGCUGGUCAUUUUUCUCGCACUACCAAUACCUCUAACAAUGAUUGGGGAAAUUCAUCAACGAACGAUACGAUUGUAUGCCAAUGUAAUCAGCCUGCUCGAAAAUUAACGGUUCAGAAAGACGGUCCCAAUAAGGGGCGACAAUUUUAUGGAUGUCCAAAAGGUAUGAACUCCACUUGCAACUUUUUCAAGUGGGCAGACGAAAAUGAUGUCGAUAAUCAUGGAAAUACAGAUUGGAAUAAUUUCACUACAAAUAAAGGAAGAAAUCAAAGUAGCAGAAUCCCUCAAAAAGGUAGUGCUCCUAAAAAACCUAGACUCACUGGCGGUAAGAGAAAGUGUGGAAAUUGUGGAAUUGAAGGACAUACAAGAAAUAGAUGUCCAGAAAAUAUGUGACGUUAAUGAGCGAAUUUUUUUCAAUAUUGUAUAAAUAUAUUAUAAUUGUAAAUAAUGUACAAAUAAUAAUGAGACUGAAGUUGUUACAAGCAUAAAAGUAUAACAAAGCAGUGUCAAACAGAGACAUUUCUUGAAUUGACGGCUC